UCACGUUCUCAAGUUUGGACACGGAUUCGAUGCUCACUUCACUAUUCGCUGUGCGCGCCUUUUUGACAACGUCGCAAGACUCGGAAAUAUCAGAUGCCAUUAGAUUCAAGAAAAAAAGGAAGUUCGGACAAUCCGAAUAUCAAGAUUGAAUGUCAAGUAAUUCUAACUUUUCGAACUGAAGCUAUAUUCAAACAGCUUAAGCUAUUCAAAUUCGAAUCAUUUAAAAUCUGUAAGAUUUGUGAAAAAAAUGCUAAAAAAUUUUCGAUAUUUGACAAUAUUGAUUAAACAUAGAAAAUCAUUCAUUAAUAACGAAUCAACGCAAAUUUAAAUGCCCGAUAUAUUUACUUUUCCCAAACAUAAUCGUCACUUCAUCAUUACUUGCGCAGGUUAGGUUAGAACUAGUUGAUCCAAAUGAUCAGCUGGCACACACAUGACUUUUGUGUGAUAUGUGAGAUCGAUGGAUUAAAAUUUCUUUCUUCGUGAGUAUAAUUUUCUCGGAAUGUCUAACGCCUAGCAAUCAAAAUCUCAAGUGCACGAAGAAGAAAAAAAAGAGAAGAAAAGAAAAAUGUCGAGAAGUGUGAUCGUGUUAAGUGAUUCGGACGAACCGGCAUCACCUGUUGCUGACAAAUACGAUAGGAAUAAAUCACAAACUGACGGAUAUCAUUCAGAUAUUGAGAAUAUAUUCGAUUUUCCAAAGGUACCUUUUUGCCAUGAGUACGCGUUACUCUCGGCGUCGCAGAACAAAAAUUCUUUUGAUUUAAAUGAACACUUCAGAGAAUCGCCUAUGUCCGACUCGGAGGAGAAUCAAAUUGAGAAAUCAUCACGAAAAACGGCAGUUUCCAAGAGGGACAAGACGACAUCGAAAGAAGAACGAUCGAAACGUCAGCAAGCUUUGGCGAGGGAGAAGGCAUUGAAGGCGAUCGAAAAGAAGACAUCAAGAGAUAUGAAGCCCGGCGAAUGUAUCAAAUUUAUGGAAGUCAAUCUUGAUCGACAUAUCGACACGUUCGUUUCUCGAGAAGAAAUUGAAAGCGCAUUGCGGAAUGUCGAUAUCAAAUUCAAGAUAACUACCGAGUUAAUUCCUAAUAGUAUUACAUGGCAGAGAAACGUCGAAGAAGACUAUAUUGAUGAAGAUAAUAAAGUGCGUACUAAGAGCAGUAUACAGAUAGAAGAACAUGUUAUUGUGAUCUGGAGCAACUACGAAGCGGUGAAGCAUGUAGCGGAAGGUACGUUCUGCACAUCUAUUUCGAACAGCAAAGACUUGAUACCGAGCUACAGUAUGACCCUAGUUAUCUAUGGCAUGGAGGAAUAUUUCACGUAUCGAAAGAAACAAAAGUCGGAUCAGAAUCCUGGUAGUAAAGGGCCUAGAUAUAAUGGUAAAAAUAAUCAACAGCUUGACACGCUUCCAAUUAUAUCCAGACAACAACUAGAGAUGUGUUUAGCUGAAAUUCAGAUAGUAGCCAAAUGCAGCAGUAGAUUAAUUGAGAACGCGCAAGAUUUAGCGCUGAUGGUAUAUCAAUAUACAAAGUCCAUUUCGGAAAUACCAUACAAGUUGCAGAAGAAAGGAAAUCAGGAAAGCAAAUUCGAUUGGUAUGUCAUGGGAGAUAAUAAGAACACUGUACGCGUGGACAAAGAUGGCAACGGAUUGAAGAGAUUGUGGCAACAGCAGCUGUGCCAAUUUAAUUUGAGUAGCUUGGAAACAUCAGAAGCGAUAUGUAUGGCUUAUCCUAGUCCAGCGCAACUUAUCAAGGCUUACAGAAAUUGCACACCUGACGAAGGCGUGAAUUUAUUGAAAGAUAUAUCGAUAAGAAGAGCAGCAGGACCUAUCACAGCUGCACGUAAAAUCGGUCCCGAAUUAAGUAAAAAAAUGUAUGUGAUGUUUACAUCACAAAAUGGAGAUGCUUUAUUAGGGAAUGAGAUGUAAAUAAACACAAGCUUUUAUAGGAACUUCAUCUUUAUAUAAUUCCAUUUAUAAUUCUCUAUGUUAAAUUCAUAAUAUAAAUGCAUUAUGUUACAUAACUCUAGAACAUUACUUAUUUGUCUUUGAGAUGUAUACGUUUUUUCCUGUUAUAAAUUUUCAUACUUUCUUGAUAUAAAUUGAAAAGAUUUCAACUCUUUAACUUUGAUUCUUGUUUUCAAAAAUUAAGUUUUCUAAUUGAUUCAGAAUAUUAUUUGUCUGUAGUAUUUAAAUUAGAAAGUUAACAUCAUGAAUUUUUGCGCAAUUAUUACAUUAUCAUUUUUUUUCUCAGAUAUACAUCUUAGAGACAUUUAUGAAAAAAAUUAACGUAGAAAUAACAUGCAGUUUUCAAAAUGGGUACUUUUUUGUUAUUUAAUUCCAUGUACUUCUCGUCAUCCUUUUCUCAUUCAUCAUUGAUAAAUUUGAAUGUAUUAUAAUGGAUAUUCUAUACAUAUGAAAGAGUUUUUAUCCUAUCAGACAUUAGAAUAAUUCUCAUUCAAUUUUUUUAGAUAUAUAUACAUAGGUAUAUCUUCUUUCCAUUUGUCAUACAUAGAACUCUAAAAUAGAUCACAUUAUAAUCUCAUUGUAAUAACAAAAUAUGUAUCAAUAAUCACUAUUAAAGCUUAGAGACCA